AAGCGCGAAAUAUUUCUAGGCAGACAGAUUUACCUGGUUUAACUUUCAAUAUCAUGUGAGAAUCAGAUAAAAGUGAGAAAAGCUUCCCAAAAUUGUGCUACUACUAUGUUAUUCAAGUGAAGAACCACCAUUUAGUGUCCAUGCACAAGCCUUUCAAACACCCCGCGUAAUAACUUAUUCCAGCUUAUUCUUUACAAACAAGAAAAAGACACUGCAAUAUCAGCCGUUCAAAUAAUUCAUACCCCACAAGUUCUCAUAAAAACUGUCCAAAUUCGAUCACUUACCUAAGAAGAAACAAUUAAGCCGUCCUUAGAAAUGCCAAGAAAGACAAUGAUUGGCUUCCAGCUGAGACAUAAUAUAUUAAUAAUAUGGAUGCUUACAAAACCAGGUCCUGAAAAGAGACAAAAGUCACAAAAGAACAAAUAGAAUCUAAACCUUAUAGGUAGGGCAGUCGGUAAUGCAUACAACAAAUGCCUUGUUGAAGGAGAAAUAUUUUAAUAGGCAUCUACUUUGGUUAAAUACCAAUAAGAAGUACAAGGGAUCCUUCCAACUACAACAAAUCAUGAAGUCCUUAAAAUUCUGCAUCUCUCUUCUUGUCCUUCAAGCUCUCUUCAACGUUUUCCCUACGAUCGAGGCAGUUCCAGCAUUCUGCCCUGGGGUUUUCAGAGAAUACAUUGGAGCUGAGGGCAAGAAUGUCACAUUCUCUGAUGUCCCAAUUAAUCCAAAUAUUGAGUUUCACUUCCUCCUAUCCUUCGCUAUAGACUACACGAACACAAAAUCACCAGAACCCACUAAUGGUGACUUCCUGGUUUAUUGGGACACUGAUAACCUCACCCCUUCUCAUAUUUCUUCCAUCAAGGCUAAGCAUAAGAACGUUAAGGUAGGAAUGAGUCUUGGUGGUGAUACAGUGAAUGGUAAAAAUGCCACCUUCACUCCUACUUCAAUUACUUCUUGGGUGAGAAAUGCAAUACAUUCAAUCACCAAGAUAGUGAAAGAGUAUAACCUGGAUGCAAUAGAUAUAGAUUAUGAACACUUCAAUGCAGAUCCAGAUACAUUCGCCGAGUGCAUUGGGAGACUGUUGUACUAUCUUAAACAACACAAUGUCGUCACUUACACAUCAAUAGCACCAUAUGCAGAUGAUUCAGUGCAGGUGCACUAUUUAGCACUCUGGAGAAAGUACGGUCAUCUAAUAGACUAUGUCAACUUCCAAUUUUAUGCCUAUGAAAAGGGUACAACCAUUCUUCAGUUCCUACACUACUUUGAAACUCAGAUGUAUAACUAUAAAGGAGGCAAGAUUCUAGUUAGCUUUGGAACUGACAACAGCGGCGGCUUAUCUCCUAGACAUGGAUUCUUUGAUGCAUGCAGCAUACUAAAGAGUCGGGGAACACUUCAUGGUAUCUUUAUUUGGUCUGCAGAUGACUCUAUAAAAGAUCAUUUUCUAUAUGAAAAGCUGUCACAGAACCUCUUAGCAAGUGCAACCGUUUAA